CGUUGACAUGGUAUGCAUAUCAAUGGGGCGGGAGAGGAGCCGCUCUUAAAAGGAAGGCACUGGCGCUCAGAGCUAAGACGGGUACAAGACAGUCGUUGAGAAAGACAGAAAGAAAGAAAAAGAGAACGAGCGAAAAAGAGUAAAAAAAGAGAUAGUCCUCAGCGUACGUACUUGGGAUCCAGUAAAAUCUCCCUGCCGACACUUCAGGGCACCGGCGCCAAGCCUCGGCAAAACUGGACUGUAUGAGAUAGAAAGAAAAAAAUCGGGAGCGCACCUGCUGACAUGAAGUGUGUAACCGCCGCGCUACUCCUGCUCGUUAUCGCCUUGUACUCCAUCAACGUGGAAGCCUAUAAGUGUAAAUGUACAAGGAAGGGUCCAAAGAUUCGUUACAAGUAUGUUCAAAAACUGGAGAUCAAGCCAAAGUAUCCAUUCUGUCAAGAGAAGAUGAUCUUCGUCACAUUGGAGAACGUAUCUCGUUUCAAGGGUCAGGAAUACUGUCUGCAUCCCAAACUGCAAAGCACCAAGAACCUGGUGAAAUGGUACACAGCAUGGAAGGAUAAGCACAGGGUGUAUGAAGCUUGAAUCACCAUUGGAUUUACAACUUUUUGGAUGAACUCUCUGACUACCAGUUUAUUUGAAAAAAAAAGCACAAAAAUGACCCCAACAUAAAAAUCAGUUUUGUAUUGUAAACACUUUAUUUACAGUAUGAUGGUUUUGCACUUUUUCUUUUGAUAUUCAUAUUGAGAUGUAGAAGAUGUAAGGCUUGAGAAGAGAGAGGUGGUGUGUCGGAGGCAGCCCUGCUUCUUGUGUCAUCCUGUUGUGAAGGAUCUGUGUGUGCUUCACAGAGGAUGACUUUUUGGAGGAAUUUCACAAAUGUCACCAUAUUUGGUCAUUCAUUUCAGAGCACUAUGUUAUUUACUCUUUAAGAUAACAUUUUCCAGUCUUUUUUUUAAAUAUAACACCUUUCAUAGCAAGUGCGUGUCACAAAAAACAAAUUAGGAAUAAAAAAGGCUUUGGGUACCAUAACUCCAUUUUAAUACUGUAACUAUAUAUAAUAUUAUAAACCAAUAUAAAACAAUAAAUAAAUGUAAAAGUAUUUUGAGAAAUAAAUUAUAACAAACGUUUUUAAAAAUAAUAGCUUUUUUGAGUACACUAUGAAGAAUAUUUACCCAACUUCUCAAUGGCUUUUUUUUACCAACAAUGUAAAUUAAGUACAGCAACAAGAGCUUUUUCACUCAUGUAUUGAAAAUACGCUGCUUUUGUAUUAAUCAUGCCCCUUUUCAGCAAGCAGCAUCUUUUGUCGCUAGGCAACAAUUCAUGCAGCUUACCCACAUCUGCAGCCCCUUACUUGAUUAUAUUAAUGUAAUAAGUGAGCUGCAUUUAACUUGCUUGGACUAUUAGCUUUCCUAUGUUGAAAAUUCUAACUGCUUUUUCGUACUCUUGAGUUGUAUGCCAUCUCCUUAUCUUGACUUUGUGCUUGUGUAGUGAGGGGUCAGUGAGGCUGAAAGGGGAGAGAAGCAGCUGUGUAAUAUGAUACCCUUGCAGUGAUACCCCAGCAGCGGGUGUUCCCUUUAGCUAAACUGGAUAAGCUGCUUCUUUCUGAUUCUGAAGCUAGCCUCUUUGUUUAAGGAUAUGAAACAGAGAGCGGCAGGGCCCCAGUGACAAAUAUAGACCCUACAUUUGUCACUAGGGCUUACUGACAAGUUUAGUUGCCACUAGAUUGCUCUCUCGUGACAACUUAUUUCAGCAGUAAAUAUACUUAUUGGCUAUUUAGAGUUUUUUCCUGCUUGAUUGUACAGUAUACCAACAUAUUCCAGGUAUGAUGAUGUCUUGGCUCUCCUAGACUUGUUUGUCCACUAUACUUGUCUCAGAUAAGCCCACAUUUAUAUUUUGCAUGUCUCCUGCAAAGUCCUGGUACACACAUAUUGCCAAUGGCUUAAAUCAAAGAUAUUUGCUGGGUUACAUAAUUAGAGAAAGUGAGGAGGAUUUCUCAAUUUGAUAUGUAUGUAAUCCCCAGUUGCUUUCUUUUAUUCGUAUGAAAAGUACUGCAUAACUUUAUAGUGCAAUUCACUUAGGCCUCUAGACAAAAUUCUCAACAGCUUCUAUCAAUAUCUGACAAAAGAUGAAAUGAACAACUCAAAAAUAAAAUUUCAUGCCAAGUUCUUGUCUGUAUGGAAUUUUCACAUUCUUCCCAUGCCCACGCGAGCUUACACCAAUUAUUCCCGUUUUCCUCCCACAUGCCCAAGGGUGCGCUUAUUAGGUUGAUUUUAAGUUUUCAACCGGUCAAAGUCUGAGUGAAAAGAAUGAGUGUGAAUGUAUGAAUAAGUGUGCCCUGUAAGAAAGUUAUCUUACAUUACAGGCAGUCUUUAUAUUAUUUACCAAAAAUUUCAUUGCAUUUUUUAAAAGCAUAUACACAGUUCUGUCAGUGUGGGGAUGGCAUGAGUGCAAAAAUGCUUAGUGCCACGGCUUCAGUACUUUAGAGCUGUAUUUUCCAAAUCCGGUUCAGUCACCUUCCCUAUAGAGUUUGCAUGUUCUCCCUGUUUCGUAGUGGAUUUCCUCUUGUUUCUGUGCACAUCCCAAUUUGUAUAGUUUAAGCUCAUUGGCUACUCUAAAUGCAUUUGUUAUGAGUGAGUGUGCCCUGUCCAAGGCUGGUUCCUGCAGCUAUUGGCUCCAGUGCCACACAACCAUCUACUGAAAGCAGAUUUUAAAAAUGGAUGGCUAGGAAACUCAGUAGCAAGGUGUGUAAUGAGCUUUGGCCACCUUUUCUUGCAUUCUUAAGUUAAUGACUUAUAUACUAACCAUUUCUUGAAAGAAGUUUGCCAAAUCAGCAACUUCCUUGUUUAUUUGUGGGUUGGCACAUAUAAACAAGUUAAAUAAACACAACAUUUUAUAUAUGAAUAGUCUCUAUCUAUCUUUCUUGUAUAGUCUGAUCCUGUCUUCCUAGCAUGUCAUCAGACAGCUUUUUGCAAUUUGGGGAAUGUUUUUACGCUACACCAAUUGGUCAGACUUUGGCAAUGCUGGCAAGUAUGAUUUUGACUUCGCUGAAGGGAACAAGGAACAGACAAGGUAGACAUCUAGAAUGAGAAUGCAACCUGCCUGUGCUCUCGUGUUAAUUUAUUCAUUACUGUUACCUGCUGAUUCGAUUCAGAGUUACUGGCAGCCAGACUAUAUCCUGGCAUCACUGACUACAAGGCUGAAAUCCGUCCAGGAAUGGGAGCUAAUGCAUCCAAAAGGACACACUCACUCAUGCAGGGUCAAUGUAGAUUUGUCAAACAGCCUAGCAUGAAUGUCGCAGGGAUGUGGGGGAAAAACCCACACAAACUCCACAUAGAUCUUUCCAAACCAAAAAGUGUCUCAGUGGCUGUUUGUAACUAGGUGUUCCUAUACUCCCACAUCUUGAAAGACAAAUCAAGAAAUAAAAGCAAUAGAUGAAAACGUAAUUGUUAAAAAAUUAUGUAAAAUUAACAUUUUCCUUCAAAUAACGUUUCUAAUUUAUAACAAUUUGCCAAGUGCUGUUGUUCUUUCAUAUAAUAACAGGUAUGGUUAUAAAUAUUCUGUCACUGGUGGACCUCUGACUCACCAUUUGUCAGCAGUCGAGAAGUUUGCAAUGAUAAAAAAAAAAAGAUUUGCUCAUCACUUAAUUAAAAUUAAAACUUCCCUCUCAUCAAAGAUUAGGAGCCAUAAUCCAGGCCACUCAGUGAAGAUAAGAGCACACAAUUCACCAAAAGUGUCUCUCAAACUACAUUUCAGUUUAAUUUUUUUUUUAAUCUUACACCAUAGAAGAAAACUUCACUGCUCUGAGACUGAAAUCCCAGCUCUAAUUAUAGGUCUCGGGUUUAAGUCGGUAAAUUCAGAAAUCUAUCAGUUGAGAGGCUGUAGGACACCUUCAUGCUUUGAUGUAGGAUUUCACUUCUAGCAAAUUCAGUAGACUAUCUUGUGUAUCGUUAUCUUCAUUUUGCAGCCUUUUUCACUCACAUUUGUAAGGUUCCAGGCUGCCCCUUUUGGCUAAGAUUUAUCAUGGUGCAAGACUUCACAGGCUUAGACUGUCAUACUUGCAUUAUCUCAGCAUUUGGAAACAAUGGAAGGAUGCUAGAAUGUUCUUUCAUAUUUGAUCUUAAAAGAAAUACUGGCUUUCCUGUAAAUUUCUUAAUGUUUUGCUUCUUCACCAAUAUAAAUGUACAGCAUAAUAAUGAUUACUGCUUAUAUGAUGCAUUCCAUUUGUUAUUAUUAUAAUUAUUAUUUUCUUUUUAUAUAGAGAGUGUAAAUAGAAUGAAUACUAUAUAUAAAAUAUACUUAUUGUUUCUCAAUAUAAUGUAUUGCUAAAUUAUCAUUUUGCUAUUUAAAUGUUACAAAAAACUGAAAAAAGCCUUUUUUGCUUUUUUUGUUUAUGUUCUAUGUUGGGUGCAACAUGGCACUUGUUUCUAAAAAUAUGGGGAGAGUAUACUGAAAACCCCAAGCAAUAAAAUAUGUAGAAACUC